AUGACCUGGGCCAAUGCUCAGAGCAAACCGGCGCCCCCCGACCGCUCCAUGUCGACGUGGUCGAUGCACUACUUCGAGCAGCAGAAGCAGCUCAAGUGCCAGCAGAAACUCACAAGCAAAUUGCGACCGGCAGCUAUCGGCGCUGGCGUCGCCGUGUUCGGCCGCAUCGUGCUCAUGCCGGUGAUGCUCAUGUCGGUGUUCGGGCUCACGGGCUAUCUCUCGGACGGCACGUUCCUCAUCGAGUACAAGGACAGCUACUUUGCCUACAGCCAGAUGGACCUGGUCAUGUCGGGCGGCUGCACGCCGUGCCACACGUACUGCAAGAGGGUCUUGCUGCAGAUGAACACGUUCAACCACGAGGCGCUGAUGAGCAAGCCCACUUUCGAGGAUCUCUACACGGCCACGUCCUGGGACUACGACCUUCUUAGCAGUGAAGCGCUCGCACUAGCCGAGAGACUCGAAGCGAGUGGGGCCAUUUGUUCGGGUGGCGUGGACGAGUGGGGUUCCCCCCUCUCGAUCAUCACCGGCACGGCGGCGGAAGUGGUCGAGAUAAUUGAGACGCUGAACCUCUCGGUGACCCCCCUGGAGCUCGCAGAAGCCAAGAAAGGGAUCGAGACCAAGGACGAAUGCAUCACGAAAUGGGCCGUCGAGGGCCACUUGAGGCUCUUCAUGUUCCAGGCCGUGAAGAACAGCAUCGACUACUCCUCCAUCCCUGCCGCAGACUUUAAUGUCUACCCGGAAUACGCCGACUGCCGCCCUCCGGUGAACAAUGCAGGGAUUAUUGGAGAGAAACUGGCGCUCUCCACCGCUGGAGAAGACCUUGUGUCUGUUGUGCCCGAUAUUCUCAAGCUUUUCCCGUACAGCUUCGACAGCAGCCUGCCGGUGAUCUCGAGGAUGCUGGCCACUACCAGUCCGACCAUUUACCACGUUGCGGCCGUUAACCAGUCGCUGUUCCGAGGCUACUACGGAGGUUGCCGAGUGCGUACAGUGAACACGACGGGCGUUUACAUCGAGGACACGUGCACCAUCAACAAGCACUGGCAGAACUAUGGCCUGAUGCUGCAGGCACCCGACGACAUUCCGGCGUGUACGACCGGCAGCGACAGUAUCUGCAUCCACAACUACUAUAACUCGCUCUGGGAGUGGGUCACCGGAACGGACAGCACUCCUGGCCGCGCGCUCAUGAAGAUCAGCGUGUUUCGCAAUCGAUACGCGGACACCGUCGCGUUGAGCGUUCUACCAGGGAUGGUCAUGGUGCAGAUGCUGCUCAUGGGGGUCAUCAGUCUGUACCAGAUCAUGUCCCACAAGCGCUCGGUACUGUUGACGCAGAUCUGGGCGUACCGCUGCCAGAACGGCCGCAUGCAAGUGCUGUACCUGGCCCAGAUCACGUACCACUUGAUCUACAACUCGGACUUGUACUACGUGGGGCUUGUCACGGGCACGUUGACUGUCGAGUCGGUGGCCAACCUCACCUUUGGCUUCUUCAUCUUCUCGUACUCGUUUAUCAACCUGGCCAAGGCGCGGUCGGGCGAACAGCAGCUCGAUCGCUACUUCCGCCUCACGUGGGAGAUCAUGCAGAUCUUCAUCACGACUUGUGUGGCUGCGUUGCUGUACUCGAUCCGAUCCACGUCGCUGAGCUGGAUCGUUGACUACAAUGGUCAGCUGCUGCGCAAGACGACGACGCUCGGCAAGAAAUACUGCGGCCUGCACGACUCGUGCUUCCUCAUGCACGUCAACCUGGCUGUUGUAGUCGCGGUUAUCUCCACGGCUUUAGGAUUGGUGGCGCUGUCGGCCUCCUUCUUUGCUCAGAAGCGCUACGGCAAGAGGCUUGCUGUAAGGCGUCAGUCGUCCUAUAGUUCGGCUACAAAGGUGGCCAGCUUGGCCAAGGGGGCCAACAGGUACAUCAUCCACAACAGCAAGUCGGCCAGUUUGUCCAGGAAGGAGAAGAUGGAGGUAGUGGAUGAACUCCCUCCGCCACCUCUCACGACGUUCGAAGAGCACUGUCUCGGCUCGCCAUUUACCAGACUUUUCAAGGACUGUGACGACUUCGCCUGCAUGCAGUACAUGGGCAAGCGCUGCACGAGCGUGGAGGCGUUGCUGCUCACGGGCUACCUCUUCUACGGCCAGCACGUCUACCAGGCUGGAUCAGUAGUGCUGCUACUGCUGGCGCGACUCAUACCGAGAAAGCUGUUGCGGACUUUCAACGUGCUGCUCAUCCGUUGGUACAUGGACCCAGACCAUGGUACACUCACGCACGCGCUGUCCUGCACGUGGUUCAAAGCGAGUGAAGAGAACUACAGGAUCUCAGAGGCGACACCAGUAGCCUAA